CCUUGCUCGGAAGCGGCCGCGCGCCCAAUAUAUGCUAUAACCUGCACACGUGCAAAUCUUACGCCAGUUGAGACAGGUGAAAGCCAAAUGAGCAUGACUUUCAUAAAAUCAACCGCGAUCCUAACUUACGAACAUGAAAAGACAAUUUUACUACUGACCAAAAGCGAAUAAACAAUGGCAAGAACCCAGUGCUUAUAUUUACUGUUAAUAUUGUUGAUUUUCGAUUUGGAGUUAAUGUGUCAUUGUGAGUGUAAUUGUACUAUCAGUCAGUGCUCGUAUAAUGUAACUAUAAAAGAUAGUGUGAGUGAAAUGAAAUGGAUUUGCUGUAGUGAAAGUUGGUUGGCACCAAAUAAAACAUUCAGGGAAGUGAAAAUUAAAUAUAAUGACAAUUGUAACGUAAAUAAUUUGACAAUAGAUUUUCCAAAAUUGAAUACUUUCUCAAUUGUUCUAACAAAUAAUAGUAUAGUUAAUUGUAGAAUUAAAAUCAAGCCUGUUAGCGUUCGCGGAAUUAAUCUAUCGAGGAAUAAAUUACAGAGUAUAAACAGAGAUAUUUUUGGAGAUUACAUAAAUCUUCGAGUAUUAAUUUUGAGCAAGAACAACAUCAGUAGAAUAUCCGUUAACAGUUUUGUUGGUCUUACAAAACUUGAAACAUUAGAUUUAUCACAGAACAAUUUAACAACAUUGACGGAUGUUUUCACACCACUGAAAAGCCUUCAACAUCUCAACUUAAGUAGAAACAAUAUUGAGUUUAUCCUCGAAAAUUAUUUUGAUAAUUGGCUUUUGCAACAUUUGGAUGUUUCGCACAAUAAUUUGAGGAAAUUGGCGCCAGGUGCGCUACAGCUAUUGCCGAACCUCGCUCGUUUACUCCUGACAGAUAACCCGCAUUUGGGGAUUACACAACUGGAUACACAGCUGCUAGUAGGCACGGGCCGCAGACUACAGCAGAUCGAUGCAUCGAGGACCGGAUUAUACCAAGUCCCUGAAGCGUUCACACAUUCCGUUCGGUUUCUGUCCCUAGUCGGAAAUAAAAUCACAUCGAUGCGAUGUGGAGACCUCGAUAGUUAUCCUUUAUUGCAAUCUUUGGACAUGUCUGAGAAUAAAAUUCAAUCAAUCGAAGAGGACUCACUAGGAAGAUUAGAAAUGUUAUUAUUCCUAAACUUAAAUAGAAAUCUUCUUCCAAUAGUGCCAAAAUCAUUGCCAGAUGAAUUAAAAUAUCUUUCGAUUAAUAAUAAUAUUAUAAGAAACCUUUCUACACACGAUUUCAAGAAUUUACCAAAUUUACGUAUUUUAUUAUUGAAGGGUAACGAAAUACAUUUUAUUCAGGAUCACGUAUUCGACGAUUUAUUAUCAUUGGAGAUAUUGGAUCUGUCAAACAAUCCCUUACAAACGUUGUCAUCCAGCACAUUUGAUGGACCGUUAUCUCUCCGCGAUCUAAGAUUAUGUUACUUGAAUAUUUCCGUGCCUGAAAAAGAUGGCUCGUUUCCAAUGUCAUCUCCGGAAAGUGUACAAAUGCUUCAUUUACAAUCUAGUCCGGGGCUUGCACGACAGUUUUUGGCUGACUCAGCAGCUCUAGCCGCAUUCAACCAUUUACAAUACUUGGAUUUGAGGUCAAAUAAUUUGUCAAAUAUAAGAAAUGAUUUACUGUUUUAUUUAGUUCAGCUAAAGACUUUACGACUGCAUGGAAAUAAUGUAAAUUGUAGUGCAGAGUUAUGGUUGUCUGACUGGUUGAAUUGGAAUAAGAGUUCCCUGAGUAAUGAAACUUGUUACUAUUCUACGUCAGAAGCCAAGUUGGAAAUAAAUAAGUACAACUGCACAUUCCCGGAGACAUUUACCAUAAACGAAAGUUUGCCGCCCGUUAAUUUGUAUAGCACUGAGAUGAUAAAUAAAUUGUUACGGUACUAUGGUUAUUUGAAUAAUAAAACAGAAAGGUCUUCGCUGAAGAAUAAUUAUAACAAUGCCGGUGAGAAAAACAAUAGAGAAGGCCCAAGUGUAAAUGAUACAUUUGUGACAAAGCAUGAAAAGAAAACUGUUAUGAAUAAAACAAUGAAUAGAGAUGCUGACAGCUUGAAUACAUUUAGAAAUGAAAGUAAGACUGCGGAGCAUUAUCUGAAUAAUACAGAUUCAUUGAGAGUGAGGAAAUCUAAAAUGUUAGAUGAUAACAAGAUAAGCAAUGACUUAAUUUUGGAUCAAAAAAUUGAAUAUUUGCCAAAUGCAACACAAAAACCUGAAAUAAAUGCAAAUAUAAAAACCGGAAGACGUUUGAAUACGCCAGUUGAAAAAGAUAUAAAGAAUAUGAACUCAAAUAUUACAACAAAGAUGGAAAUAUUCACAGUGACUCCGAAUAAUAAGUUAGAAUAUUCCCAUUACCAGCCGCCGAGAAGCCAUUACGCUCAAUAUGUAGGAACAGUUGCGGUGUCAGGUUUAAUAAUAAUGUCACUGAUACUCUGGCUCAGCAUCCGUUUGAGAUACAAGAGAAGACGCGUGCCGAGUGCGGAUAAUGGUGCGGACCAAAUGGAGGUAUCGAAUAUAUCUGGAGGGGUUCUGUGGUGACAUUUGCGAGCAGCUGACCCUAUGCCAUUUGAAUAUGACUCUCUUUUGACGUAGUAUUUAUUGGUGGUCAGCUGCAGUGCAAGAUAAUGUGAUAUGUUUUUUAUGAAUUAAGUACAAAAUCUAGUGUUACUUAAGUCAUAUAUUCAUGUAUUAUUUGUAAAUAGCGAACUCAAUGUAAGAAAACGCAAGAAAAACUAGCUUUUAGUAUUUUUACUAAAUAUUGUAAAUACGUUUUGAUGUAAAUAGAAAUAUUUGUACAACUUGAACUUCCAAUUUCAAAAUAAUUUUCGAACGAUGUUUUAUUAAAUCAAGCGAAAAUAUCAAAUUACACUCUCGCACAUUUUCUUUUUGUAACGAUCUUUAGGAUCGUAAAUAUACGCAGUCUUAUAUAAAUAUUUUGUUUUGAAAUACAAUAAUUCUCAAUGAACUUAGAGAUAGUUAAUGUGUUUGUUUGAAAUUUUUACAAAUCUACUUAAUGCCUUAUUUUAUACACGCUUAACAAUCAUAUCCCGUUUAAAUGAAACACAAAAUAAUAUCAUUAAUUAUAUAUUCGGUUCCUCGCCCGCAACAUGAUAGUGUGCUUUGAUUUUGUAUACGUAUGAAUUCGAUGCUUAGUCUGGGUCGCAUCAUAUUAGCUGUUAAAGUUAAGGUUUAAGUCAAAUUUAACGUUAACAGUAGUAACGCUGAAUUUAACAUAGACUGCGGAUUGUGUUGCACCAUCGUAUUCCUUGGCAAAGUUAAUGUUAAAAAGUGAAUAUGGAAUAUCCAGUCAAUAUGGAAUAUCUAUUUGAAACUUAUGGCCGGUCGCUAUUCAAAUGAAAAUCACUUUAUUCAUGUAGGUCAGGGAAAUGACACUUAAGAAUGUAAAAAAAAAUCUUAUAGAAUCUACUCAUUGCCACUCUUUUAAAUCAAGAUUAACAUUUUUAUCGUUUAAAAAAAAUCAUUCAAAUUACAAUAUAAUAUGUAAAGUGAUGCAACAAACAUACUCAAACGUCAAAUAUAUAAAGGUAUUCUGUGAGCAUUUUAGAAGCGAUUAUAUAAAAAAUAGGAAUAAACUAACUUUUAAGAAACUGAAGCCGAGCCUCCGGCAACAGGAUCAUCCUGACACCACAAGCAGCGCACGUUGUUUUUAUUUUCAUUUGUAGUUAAGCUAGUUAACAUUAAAAAAAGCUUUAACCGGCCAAGAUUGAACGGUUAAGGUUAACAGUUAAAGUUAUUACGUCAUUUAUUGUCAAAUGGUGCAACACAUUUUUUGUUUAACCGGUACAUUAACAUGUUUGUUAUUGCUAAAGAUAGUUGGUGCAACUAGGCCUACAUAUGACAAUGCUCUUGAAAUUCCUCUCGUGUUACAAGAGUAGUAUUGGCUUAGGUGAUCAUUUACCAUAAGGUGACUCAUUUGUCUUCCUCUUCCGUAAAAAAAUAUUGAUUUUCAACAUAAGAUAUCAAAAACGUACAAUAAUAUUCUGAACUGGUUGAUUUACAAAU